GGGAGCUACAACAGGAGCUAAGUAACGACCAUUUCAGCCAUUCCCACAGGUACGCACAUAAGGAGAGAGAGACUGGGAGAGAGGGCUACUGACAACUUCUUGCAACUUGCUGUCCAGAGAAGGGGAAAGACAAACAAAGACAAGUUCUGAGAGUGAUGAAGUACACAGUGAAGACAAGAGGAGAAGACCCAGAAACUAUGGAUGUCCUGGCCCAGACAAAUGGAAAAGGAGCUGCACUCAAUGGAAAAACUGUGGGAACCAAGGAAGAGGCAGGAGACUCCUCAUUCCCUGUGAAGUUCCAGGGGCCAGGCAUCGAGCCCUUUGAGCUAGAGGUAAAUAGGUUCUGGCUGGUCCAGGACACCAUCUUGGCAGUGCUGGCAAGGGAGGAAGUGGCCCCUCGGACUAGCCUGUCCCUCUCAUACUCUGGUGCCAUACUGGACCCCUUCACUGAACUGCAGGCCAUCAAGGGCCUCAAAGCAGGGGCCACACUGAGACUUGUCGAGGAGCCCUACACCCCAAGAAGUGCUCGUGCUCACCUGGCUCGCCUGCAGGACCUUUUGCGGGCAGCGGGGCCCCAAGAUGCCCUGAGGGAGGGCCGCUCUCCCAGCCUGUUGGACACUCUCUCUCCUGCACACAGCUCAGAGUUCUCCCCAGGUGCUCCCAGCGGGAGAGGGUCAAGGCGAUCAGUCAGUGACACAAAGUCGGAGCAGCCACCCUCAGAAGGACCCCCUCCAGAAUACAUCCUCCCUGGUUCACAAGAGCGCCCUCUGUUACCCCUGCUGCCCAACGGAACACACACUGAGGUCCCAAGCCUCUUGCUCGACCUGUCACUCAGCUGUUGGAACCCACCCCCAGGGCCUAGGAAACUGCAAGGGGACUUCCUGUACAUAAGUGUGUGCACCUUAGAGGGGCGUACCUGUGACAUCACAUCCUGUCCGCGAGGAUUCUACCUUAAUAGGUCCACCGUGGAUGUGUUUGACCCACGGCCUGCCUCCUCACCACCCAUCUCUCACUGUCUGACCGACCUCCUGUCUCAGAUCAGCCCUGGGUUCAAGAAGGGCAUCACUGCACUCAGAAACAGGUCACAGCCACCCCCAGUUGAGAGCAUGCCCACACCUUACCGUACCCAAAGCUGGCUGGGCCCCCCUUCCACGAUACGCACACACCGGAACCCCUUCAGCAGCCGACUGGGCCUGGAGGAGCAGGCAGGCACACAGGCUCCUGACUGGAACGAGGAGCUGCAGGCGGCCAGGGAUCUCCCCCAGGGGAGCGUGGAGGAGAGGUUGCUGAGGGACAGGGCCCUACUGCAGGUAAACAGUGCCUUUGUGUGGGCGGCGGCGCAGGGAGCAGAGUCUGUAAUUGAUGGCUGUGUGGCCCCCAUCAGUGGAGGGGCAGAGGACCCGGCUUUUCUCUGGGGGGGGCUAUUCCUGAGCCGCGGAGGAGAUGGUGGGGGGGUCCUGGGUGGGGAGCGGGGAAGGAGGGCGGCCCAGCGGCUGGAGCUGAAGGGCGUGCAAGCAUACAGCGAGCUGGAGGGGGCGCUGCAGGGCCUACACACCCUGCCGACUGCUGUGGUGGACUACCGAGGGAUCCGCCUGUCCGCUCAGGGGCUGGCUCCAGGAUUAGAGGGGCCUGACCGGGGGCCAGAGGGCCUUGGGCCCACUCGGGGCCUCCUUUAUGGCUUUGCUGCUGGUGCCCAAGAAAGCCCCCACCGCCGCAAGCUGCUGGAGCUACUGGCCCAAGCCGCCAAGAGCCUGGCCGUGCAGAGGCAUGCAGUAGUGGGGCCCACUGGCCACCAGGUGCCCCUCUUCACGUCUGUUGAUGUCCAGGGUCUUCUGGGGGCCGACGGCCGCUACUACCUGCUAGAUCUCUUCCGCAUCCUGCCUGCUGAUGCCAACUUCCAGGUCACUGAGAAGAAUGGGAAGGAGAAUGGGAAGAAGGAGGUGCAGGAGCACAACGAGGAGGGCUGGCCUGCCUCGUACUCCGCGUCUACAGGCCUACCCAGGCGCUCCCCACACGGCUUGUGUCGGCUCCGCCCGGAGCUCCUACAAGCCUUCAUCCAGCACAAGACGUCCCAGUUUUCCCGGCGUGUGCGGGAAAGAAUGGAGGAGAAUGGUGGGGUCGAGGAGUGUGUGCAGAAUGGGGAUCCACGUGGGACCGAUGCAGUGAGAGGGGCCUGCAAGGACGUGGGCUCUGUCAGUGACAUCAUCUUCGAGAUGCGCUUCAACCCUGACAUCUUCUCCCCAGGUGUGGAAUUCCCCAAUUCGGACAGCAGUGCCACACGACUACAGGAGAGACUACUACGAGAGGCUGCUGCAUUCAUUGUUACCGAGCAGAUCCCGGCCUUUGUGGAUGACUGCCUACAGUUCAGAGUGUCUCCUGUGGAUGGUGCCACACUCAGUCACGCUCUGCAUCAAAGAGGCAUCAACCUUCGUUAUUUGGGUCAGGUGACCCGCGCUGUCAGCCAGUCAGAGCACAAAGAGCGGCUAAAGCACAUUACAAGACUGGCAUUUGGAGAGAUCAUAAUUCAUUCUGCACGACGAAUUUUCAAUGGCUACUUACAGGGUGUGGAGGUAUCCAGCCUGUCUGCAGCUGUCAGUCAUUUCCUAUGCUGCCUGCUGGUGCCUCAUUUUAGCCCCGCCUCUACAGGGGAGGAGCCUAAGAAGCGAUCUAGGAGACGGGGACGAGGAGGGGGAGUGGCAUCUGACAGCAUGGCAUGGAGUGCGCUUGGUGGAACCGAGCUGUGGAGUCUGCUGUGCCAGGAUGCCAAGGAAACCUAUGACCUAACAGAAGGCUUGGGUACAAGUGUUGACCAUCUGGUGGAGAAUUAUGGACUGCAGAAGGUGUCCCUGUUGCGAGAACUGUGUCUGAAGGCUGGGAUACAGCUCCGUCUAAGAGAGUACAUGCUGGACAACCGCAACAAGGCCCCCAUUGGCCCCGAUGACAUCCUCAACAUCUUCCCUGUGGUCAAGCAUGUGGCCAUGACAACGAGCGAUGCUUCCAAGGCAUUCCAUUCUGCUCAGAGCAGCAUACAGAAGGGGCUCCUGGAACAGGCCUAUGAGCAGCUGAAGCAGGCGGCCUACAUGUUCGGUCGCGUGUGUGAUGACCUGCACCCUGAGGCCUGUGCCUGCCUCAGCACCCUGGCCCAGCUAGCCUACUUAAAGGGUCGCAGCGCUGAGGCACGGAGCAUGCAGCUGAAAGCAGUGGUGAUCAGCGAAAGAGUGCUUGGAUUCGACCAUCCCAACACCAUCAAGGAAUAUGCCCUGCUGGCAGUGUACGUGUUUGCUGGGGGGGAGGUGGGCCUGGCGCAGCGCUGUCUAUAUCGAGCCCGGCUGCUGAUGCUCUUGGUCCAUGGAGAGGAACACCCAUACACUGCCACUCUGGACAGCUCUCUGGGCUUGGUGCUGCAGGGAGAGCUGUCACUGCAGUACCUACAGAGCGCGCUCAAGCUCAACACCCUCUUCCGUGGCCCCAAUGACCUGCAGACUGCUCUCAACCAACACUUGCUGGCCCAGAGACUGUGCACUGUAGGAGACUACCGCAGUGCUAUGGCCCACGAAAGAGAGGCGCUCGCUGUGUUCCAGACCCAGUGUGGUGAUGACCACCCACAGACUAAGUGCAGCUCAGAGUUCCUUGGAGCCAUUACUCAGCAGGCUGUAAAGGUUGAGCGGUCGCUGCGGCAGGGUGGGGCAGACUCCACGGACACACCUGCCUCUGGGAAUUUGUCUCCCUCAAUGGAAACCACAUUAGAACAGCUUGCUCUAGUCAAUGGGAUCCUCCAACCAACAUUCAGAAACAAGAUUGUGGAAUUUAAGGAGAAACUCAAAGAAAUACGAGCAUCCGCAGAGGCAGCCAAUGAAAAAUCUGAAGCAGCAGGAACCAUCAAUGGCGGUAUGGCACAAGAAAACUCAGCCAAUAAAGAAGUUGUCGCUGGGGAAGACACACUGAAUGAAGGCCCAACGCAACAAGUCUCUAACCAGAAUGAAGAGAAUGAUGUACCUACAGACUCUCAAGAGGAAAUGAGCUCCAUGGACAAGACAGAGGCAGAAGACAAAUCCAGUGAUACACUGAAAUCUGCAUGUGACAAUGAGGAGAGAGGGGAUCAAACAGCCAAUGAAGAAAUGAAAUCAUGUGAGGCAGAUACAGAAGAGGCUACCAUAGUGGCUAAUGACAAAACAGGACCAGCGGAGAACAGUAACGGAGAAAACGUUGAGAUGAAUGGCCAACAGGAAACAGCAGAGAUCAACGGAGGUGACAGUUUGGCAGAAAAUGACGAACUGAGAGCAGCAGAGAUGGACUCAGGGAUAGAUACCCUGACAACUAAUGGCCAAUCAGGAUCAUCAGCAAUUGAUGAAGAUGGCGGGAACUCAGCAGCUAAAGAGGGAUCAGAAUCAGCAGAGGUCAAUGGAGAGGGAGGGAGUCCAGCUGCUGAUAAUUAGUGAGCUCAUUUUGACCAGCAAAGUGUGACAGAGGAAUAUGAAAAUCAGUUAAAUACAUUGCUGUUAGUCGAG